GAACUCUGAGGCGCCGGGCGCUGAGGGGCGCGCGCGCGGCCGCGACGGCUCCGUGACGUAAUCGGUGACGUCAAAGUGACGUCACGGGACAGCGGCGACCCGUCCAGCACGAUGACGUCACGGGUGCUCGGGGGAGCUGCCAUGGCAGCCGCCGCCCGUCCCACCCCACACCUGCAGCAGCACCUGGAGCAGUCCCCGGAGCAGCGUCGAGCCGCUGACAUCAUCCGCCUCCUGACGCUCUACCGGCCUCUGCUCGACGCCUUCGUCAUUGAUUUCUUCACCGAUGGUCUGUGGGCACAGCUGCCCCCAGCCUGGCAGCCCGCCCUGGCCAGUGCCACCCCCGUGCAGCUGGCCGGGCUCCUGGGGGGCUGCGGGGGCCCAGGGGCUGCCUGGCCCCUGUCCCUCCUGGCCUUUGCUGCCGCUACCCGGGCCCUUGCCUUCCCUCGGGGGUGCCCAGGAGGGUCCCCGCGCCCCCCGUGCCAGAGCUCCCGCCUGCACCCGCUGCUCCGCCGCCACGUCAAGCCCAAAAAGCAGCACGAGAUCCAGCGCCUGGGCAAGCUGCUGCAGCGGCUGAGCCAGGCCACCGGCUGUGAGCGCGUGGUGGAUAUCGGAGCAGGGCAGGGCCACCUUUCCCGGUUCCUGGCCUUCGGCCUGGGUCUGUCGGUCACUGCAGUGGAGAGUGACGGCCGCCUGGUGGGCCUGGCUGAGCGCUUUGACCAGGAGCUGCUGGGGGAGCUGGGGAAAACCAGGGGGCUGGGACACAAGAGGCCCCCCCUGCGCCCCCUCACCCCCCGCGCCCCACAGCACGUGGCCGGGCGCCUGGACCCUGCAGCUCCCUGGGAGGAGUUCCUGCUGCCCCCCAAUCCCCCAGGACCUGGCCCCGCUGCCCAGAACCCGCUGGGAGGCCCAGGAGGCUCUGAGGACGGGGGGCAGGUGCUGGUGACGGGGCUCCACGCCUGCGGGGACCUCAGCCCGGCCCUGCUGUGCCACUUUGCCCGCAGCCCUGCCGUGGCCGCCGUGGCCUUGGUGGGCUGCUGCUACAUGAAGCUGUCGACCGCCCCACAGCCCCCCGGCUGCCCCCUGGGCUACCCCCUGAGCACCUCGGUGGCCGCGUUGCCAGGCCACCAGCUGUCCUACCGGGCACGGGAGGCGGCGUGCCACGCGCUGGAGGAGUACGAGGGGCGGCUGCGCGGGGGCAGCCCCCACCUGCGCGCCCACUGCUACCGCGCCGUGCUCGAGAGCCUCAUCCGCGCCGCUGACCCUGCCAAGAGGCACCUGGGCCUGCAGCCAGGCAGGAAGGCGCAUGCCCUCAGCUUCCCCCAAUACGCCCACCUGGGGCUGCCCCUUGCGGGACUGGACCCAGCGGGGGUCCCACUGGACUCGGGAGCUGUGGGGGCCAUGCUGGAGCAGCAGCACAAGGUGGUGGCAUUCUGCACCCUGGGGCAGCUUCUGGCACCUGCCGUGGAGACCCUCAUCCUGCUCGACCGUCUGCUCUACCUGCGGGAGCAAGGUUUCCACUGUGCCCUUGUGCCCCUCUUCAACCCCCGGUUCUCGCCACGGAACCUGGUGCUGGUGGCCGCACGGACCCCACUGGCCACAGUGCUGGCCGGGCUGGACAAGGACAUUGAGGAGUGGGACAGCAGCAAGGAUGAGGGUCUGGGGGAAGCAGAGUCCCCCAGGGGCGAGCAGAGCCCCCACAGCCCUGAGCACAGACCAAAAUAAA